AUGGAGGAGAAACCGGCGCCACAGGUGAUUCUUCUGAUGCCGACGGAGGAUGGAAAGUAUCGGAAGAGUUCGAAGAUGUACACGGAUGAGCAGACAAGACAGAUGUUGGACAAGUUGAGAGAUGAUUCCAUCGAGUUGUUCAACAAUGAAACGAAGAGAUCCAAUAGCAUUGAAUCACGAAGGAACCGCCCACCUAGACUAUCCGAACGCGCCGCAUACAAAAAUUGGAAAGUUCCGGAAGAAGCAGUAUAA